AUGGCAUCCGAACGAGAACAAAUUCAGAAGGGAUGGACCCUCCAAUCUAGAAAUUAUGUGGUGACGGGAGGAAGCAAUGGCAUUGGGUUGGCGACUGUCAAAGCACUGUGUGCCACUGGCGCUGCUGGAGUGUUGUUCUGCUCCCGCAGUCCCUGUGAUGAAUUGUUGAAGGAACUCCAGACCAGCUAUCCUGAUUCCAACCUAUAUCACACUGCCGUCGAUGUGGCCACUUCCGAUGGUCGACAAUCCUUGGUGGACGAAGCCAAAACGGUCUUUGGUGGGAAACCCAUCGACGGAUUGAUCAACAAUGUUGGAAUCAAUAUUCGCAAACCAUUCGUGGAACAAACUCCGGAAGAGUUUCACUCCAUGAUGCGCACCAAUGUCGAUUCCGCCUACUUUUUGUGCCAAUCCUUCUCCAGUCUCUUGCAGUCAGGGUCGACCAUUGUCAAUGUUUCCUCGGCCGCGGGGGUUCAAUCCUCCGGCACGGGGGCCGCCUAUGGCAUGUCCAAGGCAGCCAUUAAUCAAAUGACCAAGAUUUUGGCCUGCGAAUGGGCUGCACGCAACAUUAGAGUCAAUGCGGUCACCCCCUGGAUGACCAUGACACCCAUGUUGAAAGAAGCUGUCAAGGCGAAUCCCACGCAAUUGGACAAGGUCCAAGAGUGGACACCGAUGCAUCGAUUGGCGGAUCCUUCCGAAGUGGCCAAUCCAAUAGUUUUCUUGUGUCUGCCAGCAUCCAGUUAUAUCACAGGCCAAGUCUUGGGUGUGGAUGGUGGAUUGACGGCACAAGGAUUUGAUGGGCCGUGUGUGACACCACCAUGA